AUGUCCACGGAACCCACUCAGCCCCUCCCCAACCCCCCCUUCUACACCAUCCCCAACAUCAACAACCUCCGCGACGCAUCCAUCUCUCUCCAAACCACCUCAGGCUCCAGCGUCCGCCCCAACAUCCUCUUCCGCAGCGCUGAAGUCUCCAAGCUCGACUUGGCCGGCUGGAAAACCGUGCACUCCCUCGGGGUAUCCCACGUCUUCGAUCUCCGCUCCAAACCCGAAGUCGACAAGGGCUGGGCCGGCAUCGUCGGCAAAGAUGCCUCGGGCGACAACGACGUGCGGCCGGGUUGGCUGCAGGCAAUGGAGCAAGCGGGCGUAGCGCGCUCGUGGGUUCCCGUGUUUGAAGAGAGUGAUUAUUCGCCUGAGCGACUGGCAGAGCGGUAUUCAAAGUACAUGGAUGAGGCGGUUACGGGGUUUGUCGAGGCGUAUCGAGAUAUUUUGGCAAAUGGGGGUCCGGCGUUUGGCAAGAUACUGAGGUAUCUUGCGGGUAUUUCGGUUGUUGGGGCACUGGUGCAUUGUACGGCGGGGAAAGAUCGGACAGGGAUUUUUUUCGGGCUGCUGUUCGACUUUCUUGGUGUGCCACGCGUGCAGAUUGCGGAUGAGUACCAACUUACUGAGCUGGGGCUUGCACAUAUUCGUGAGGAGGUUGUGAGGAGGUUGAUGCAGAGUCCGGGGUUUAAGAAGUAUAUGCUGGCGAGUAUGGAGGGGACGAAGCUUUCGGUCGAAGAUAUUGCGAGGAGUCUAAAGGGCGAGGAUGGACAGGAUCAGGUUCAAGUGCCGCCCGAGGUGCUGGAGAAGGGAAGGCAGGCGGCACUACGGAUGAUUGGGGCAAGAAAGGAGAGUAUGUUGAAGAGUUUGGAGAUGCUAGAUGAAGUGUUCGGGGGUGCGGAGAGGUAUUUGAGGGAGAAGUGUGGGCUAAGUGAUAAGGAGUUGGAUGCGUUGAAGAACAAUCUUUUGGUAGAGGGACAAGUAGUCCAGGGACAUGUGAAGAAUGGCUCUCUUUGA